GCUUCCCCCCCCGUGGGGUGGCAGAUCCGCUCGGUUGAGAAGGAGUAGCGUCCCUCUAUGCCGCGUCUGGCCAAGCCGCUGCUUCUCCCACUGCUUCCCCUCCCGCGGGUGGGGGGGAUGACGGCGAUGGUGGCACGCUUGAGGGCGCUGCUGACCGGGGGCGCGCGCUUCAUGGUAGAAGUGGGUUCUCGCGUGGCAACAGGGAGUGUUCGCCCAGCUUCGCCGUUGGGCGUGUAAGGGGCAGUGCAAUUAGUGGGAGAAAAAAGGCAGUUAGCAGGCCUUCAAAAGCCUUCACUGGUCUUCUCCGAAGCGGGGCGCCCUUCAAAGAAUGACCCAUUCACUGGUGGGUUGUUUCGUGCUGGCAGAUUUUGCACCGCGGCGGAGUGGUCGAGCGUGCCGGGCCCCACACCCUAAUCGCGCAUGCACCCGGUGGGAAGUUUUUCUCCGCGUGGGGGGGAGGCCUAUCCAAUUCGUUCAUCCAGAUUCCCCGAAAUGUUUAGCCCUUCUGCAGAUGCUACCUUUUUGGUGACCUUAAAAGUGCCGCCGUUCGAAGUGACCCUCUCACCGUCGCAGCUGCCCCAGUCAGAGGUAAAACGGAAGGGAAGGAAGGAAGAAAGAGAGAAAUAAAUAAAUAAAUAAACAAAUAAAUAACGAAAGAACGAAAGAACAGCGAGUUAUGCGCCUGCUGAGUGCGGCCGCGCAGGGGUUGCUACUGGGACGCCCUUCAGCACAGCCAUUGUUGCGGGUUCCCCGCGCGGUCCACCCCCACGUAGAGCGGCCCCUGCUGGGAUACCUACCACCCCCCGUGAGCCACUUCUCCACGAAGCGGAACAACUGCACCGGGUACGAUCACCCAAGAGGUGCCCCCCCACAGCUAAACAAAACGUACCAUUCACAAGCCAAUUUCAGAGACACAAAAAUGGAGUUCUGCCAGGUGGACCUCGACGAGUUUUGCUACAAGCAAUUUGAUAGCACGAAGAAGUCCUGUUCGUUUAUACCCUACGAUAAGAAUGAAUUCCUGGACAAGGUGAAUGAGCUCAUUAGGCAAAAAAAGAUUAAAGUGGUCCCAGGGUAUGCUGGCUUCUGCAAGCAUAUUUUUGUUGAGAAUUUUACAGAAGCGACAGUGGAGACGAUAGAAAUUAAUAAUAAAAAUAGGGACCUCAUAAAAACGGAUUACAUUUCCAGGAGGGACAACGAACUGCCUGUUUUGAUCAGGUGGAUUUCAAAGAAGGACGUGAAGGACAUCAUCAAGGCAAAGUACCUGGACCUUAUUUUGUACUCGAGGGAACAAAUCGAAAAGGAGAAUAAAGAAACGAAGACGGUGCCGAAUAGGAAAUCCAACUGCCUGUACUCUAUCAUCUGCAUUAAGCCUCAAAAUGUAGACUACGAGCUGCCCAUGACCCCCAUCACCAUGCUGCGCAACACGCUCAUCAGCGAGGGGGGAAGCGGCAUCAAUUUGAACCGCGAUAAGUACCUCGAGUCGGUCAAGUACUGGCGCCACCACGUCUCUAUCAUCGACAAUUAG